CCCCCACCCACUCCACUGUUUUCUCCCUUGAUCGCCUUUCCAUUUCAUUUCCUCUCCAAAUCAACCAACCCAGUUCUUCUCCCCUCAGAUCCCAACCCAACCCACUCCAAUUCAAACUAAAAUCCACUUGUCAAUCAUCAAACCAAUCACAUUCUACAUCACUAGCUACCACCAUUCAUUCAUUCAUUCACAUUCUCAAAUCUCAUUCACUAUAACUGAAUGCACCGCCAUUAACCCUCCAUGGAUUCCCCACCUUCCCAACAACCGUGGGGAAGGUCACCCACCUCCCCCUCCUUCUCCUUCUCCUCCAAUUCAAUCCAAUCCCUCUCCUCCAUCCUCAACAACCCUCUCUCCUCCACCACCAUCUCCCCUCCCGAAUUCGCCCUCAUCUCCACCACCAAAUCCACCUCCGACAUCUCCCGAUCCGACUUCCUCCCUUACCUCUCCGCCGUCGCCGAUCCCCUCCACCGCUUCCACCACAUCCGCAACCACGCCACCAACGAGAUCAUCGCCGAUCUCCAACCCGCCGCCGGUGAGGCUCUCGUCGCCUGUCUCCGCGAGGUCCCCUCGCUCUACUUCAAGGAAGACUUCCGCCUCGAGGAUGGCUCCACGUUCCGCGCCGCGUGCCCGUUCUCCGCCAUCUCCGAGAACGCCGCGCUUCAGGAGAAGCUAUCGCAGUAUCUUGAUGUGGUCGAGCUGCACCUUGUUAAGGAGAUCUCGUUGCGGUCUUCGUCGUUCUUUGAGGCUCAAGGGCAGUUGCAGGACCUUAAUGCGAAGAUCGUUGAAGGGUGUGCGCGGAUUCGGGAGCUGAAGGAUACGGUUCGGCUUAUCGAUUCCGAUUUGGUUGAGUCGGCGAGGCAGAUUCAGCAGCUCAAUGCUACCAGGACGAACCUCUUGGCGCUUCUGCAGAAACUCAGGCUCAUUUUGUACGUCAAUCAAGCCCUCUCUGCUCUCAAAUUGCUUGUUGCGUCUGCAGAUUGUGCUGGAGCGCUGGAUGUAACCGAUGAUUUGCAACAGUUGCUGGAUGGAGAUGAGCUCACUGGUCUACACUGCUUUCGUCAUCUUAGAGAUCAUGUAAUAGGCUUUAUAGAAUCCAUAAACAGCAUUCUUUCCGCAGAGUUUAUUCGGGCUUCUUUACAUGAUGCUACAGAAACGGAUGUGAUUAUUUUAUCCAAAGCUAAAGCAAGGGCUUCCCUUCCCAUGAAUGGAAAGGAUGAUGAAGUAAAGUUAGAAGAAGAAGAAACCACUAAUUUCAAAGAUCGUCUUCUUCCUACUGUAAUUGGGUUGCUUAGAACAGCUAAACUCCCCUCUGUUCUGAGGUUCUAUCGAGAUACACUGACUGCUGAUAUGAAGAGUGCUAUUAAGACUGCUGUUGCUGAGUUACUUCCAGUUCUUGCUGCUCGGGGCUCGGAAUCAGAAUUCUUUUCUGGAGACAGAGCUGCAGAUGCAGAUGGUGGAGGUGCAUCACUUGCUAGCAAGUUAAGGAGCCUAUCAUCUGAUUGCUUUGUGCAUCUUCUGAGUGCUAUUUUCAUGAUAGUGCAGGCACAUUUAGUGCGGGCUGCUGAAGUGAAAAAGGCCAUUGAAUGGAUUUUGAGCAACCGUGAUGGUCAUUAUGCUGCUGACUCAGUUGCUGCUGCAAUUGCUCAUGGUGCUGUAGCCGCCGAAAUAUCUCAAGAAAGUGAGAUUCAUGGUACUACUUUGUUGCCAUAUUCACCACAAAGAAGUGUUGCCAAGGGUCCUUUCCAGGGAAAAACAAUUGAUGCAGUGAGCUCCUCAAACAUGUCAAAAAAUUUCAGAGCUGAUGUAUUGCGAGAAAACGCAGAAGCUGUCUUUGCAGCGUGCGAUGCUGCUCAUGGAAGAUGGGCAAAGCUUCUCGGGGUCCGUGCUGUUCUCCAUCCUAGGUUGAAAUUGCAGGAGUUUCUAACUAUAUACAACAUCACCCAGGAGUUCAUUACUGCUACUGAAAAAAUUGGUGGAAGAUUGGGAUACAGCAUUCGUGGGACACUGCAGUCACAGGCCAAGGCUUUUGUUGAUUUUCAGCAUGAAUCUCGGAUGGCGAAAAUUAAGGCAUUGCUUGACCAGGAAACAUGGGUGGAGAUAGAUGUUCCUGAAGAAUUUCAAUCCAUCAUUAAUAUACUUUUUUCAUCUGAUGUAUUGACUUCUGGGAACCUUAAUGGCACUGAGGAAGAUAAUGCACACAGUUACAGUGAUAACAAUGCGGACGCUGUACAUUCAAAUGCUGAACAUCAGGUUGAGCAGACUAAUUCCAUCGAAACAUCCAGGAAAAGUGCAGGAUCGGAUGGAUCCAAACCCCUUGUUGAUUCUGUGGAACCAAAUAGAGGGAAUAAUAGGAUUUCAUCAGCCCAGAACAACAAUGUCGAGAAAGACCAUAAAAAAUCUGUGUCUCAGGCCCUUUUGUACAAAGGUGUUGGUUAUCACAUGGUAAACUGUGGCUUAAUAUUGCUGAAGAUGUUGUCAGAAUACAUCGAUAUGAACAACGUUUUGCCAACACUGUCUUCAGAAGUUGUUCACCGUGUAGCGGAAAUCUUGAAGUUUUUCAACACACGAACAUGUCAACUUGUGCUUGGGGCUGGUGCUAUGCAGGUGUCUGGUUUGAAGUCCAUCACCUCUAAACACCUGGCCUUGGCAAGUCAAGUCAUUAGUUUUAUACAUGCUAUUAUUCCUGAAAUUCGGCAGAUUCUUUUUCUCAAAGUACCGGAGACUAGAAAAUCAUUAUUGCUUUCAGAAAUUGAUCGAGUUGCACAGGAUUAUAAAGUUCACAGAGAUGAAAUACAUUCAAAAUUAGUUCAGAUAAUGCGAGAAAGAUUACUGGUCCAUUUACGUGGGUUGCCUCAAAUUGUUGAAAGUUGGAAUAGACCUGAGGAAGCUGACCCCCAGCCUAGUCAAUUUGCUCGGUCCCUUACAAAGGAAGUUGGAUACCUGCAACGUGUCUUGUCUCGAACUUUGAAUGAUGAAGAUGUUCAUGCAAUUUUCAGGCAAGUGGUCAUUAUAUUUCACUCACAAAUUUCCGAAGCAUUUUCAAGAUUUGAUAUAAGCACUUCCCAAGCACAGAAUAGACUAUCUCGGGACAUCAAACACAUUCUUCAAUGCAUACGGUCAUUGCCAUCGGGUGAUUUAGGUAAAUCUGAUACCCCAAACUGGGGUCAGCUGGAUGAAUUCUUGGUGCAAAGAUUUGGGUCUGAUGCUGUUCAGUAGACUGUAUUAUAAAGUAGCAACUCAUUGCUUAUGUGGGAAGGCUAACGUGCUUUGGAAGAUGUGGGGGUGAUUUAAACCUUCUUCACCCUGCAUUUUCGUGUAACACUAAAUUGAGGCUUUUGGUUGGUCUGUGGUAGAUAUACAAGGUAAUGUAUAAUUUCUGAGCUUUGUGCGGCUGUGAUUGGCCAUUUUACAAAGGUUUUGUAGCAGUCAGUGUUUAUAUUCAUUUCUUGGUUGCUGUCUCCAUAAUUGUGAUGUUAAGCUGAGAAUAGAUAUGAAAUUAGUGAAUGAAUGAUUUUUUUGGGUUACUUAUCCUCCUCCCCAUCACUUCAGCCAUGGCUAUUGAUUGAUCAAUAUAUACAUGAUUCGAGAAAUGUAGUGAUUAGCAAAAUAUAUGUUCUGUUCAAGUAAAUGCUUCGGGUUCUCUGAUGGAAUGCAGCUUUAAUAGAGAGAAAUCUGUUUUUCAUUUUCCCAUUGAGCGACAAAGCCCUUGCAACAGCAUAAUGCUAAGUAUACAUACACUUGAAAUGGUUUAUGGACACAACCCGUGCAAGAACUGAGGAAAGUGUUGAUACGACAUUUGCAAGGUGUGUCGUAAAGGAAUGCCAUUUGGCUUUGGUUUCUUGCCAUUAUUGAUAAUGUUGUACACUCUUAAGAUUCUUCGAAAAUUAGUUGCAUUUUUAAUAGUUUAAAUUUGA